CCGGCGGUAUUUUUACCUUUUCACCAUAUGGUAACACUGCCCUGGCCGCAAAAGGAAUGGAUUUUCGAGAACUAGAUAAAUUAAACUGGCGUUUGCAUCUGAGUAACAAUAACAAUAUCGUUAAUUACAGUGCGACGCAGUACCACGGUCCUGAUGCGGCUGAUGAGGGACGUUCGGUGCUCUUACUCAGCCAAGUCAAUUGUGGGACCAGUGUAAAGACAAUGGGCACAAACCAAAAACGAGCAGCAACAUCAGCGCGUGCCGUAGCCGUAGAUGAGCAGGUCGAUGGAACCGGGGCAGAUGGCGAGGCCAAGACAGGAGCGACCGUGGCCUCAGAGGGUGGUGAUAAGAUGGAGAGUGCUGCCUACUGCGAACUUGACGUGGCAAGCUACGGACUUGCAGCAGCUGAACACUCAUCCUUGGAAGCCGCCGCUUGUGGCUAUAAUUCUAGCCGCACCUCCAUAAACAACUCGACGGAAGACCUGAGCUAUGCCAGUGACAAUUUUUAUGGUGACGAUUUAAUUUUGCUGGACGACAACGACGUGAACGCGGAGGAGAUAUCUAUCAACUCUGACGACUGCGUCUACGCUUAUCGUGGCGAAGGGUCUGAUUUUGACAUGAACAUGGAGAUCAUCGCCUCUGGCAGGGUAGGUAGGCAACACUUAGACUUUGGCCGAGGACCACUACAUGCUGUGGGAGGCGAUAGCCUUGUUUGCGUUGAAGAUGAGACCGAAUUCCUGGAAAUGGACUUCGAGCCAGACCCCUUAUCAGAGUUGGAACUCGUUGGUGGGCCCCACGAUAUCAACAUCUUGCCGCAGGAUAAUUUGUUGUUAAUGCAACGCGACUAUAGCCAAAUGACCAGCAUAGGUGGAGCUACCCAGGAAGGGCAGUUGCACAGCUCGCCCAUAGAUGAUUUUCCGCAGAAGGAUCUAAUGCAGCAUCAAAAGCUGCGCCUUAGUAAGAAGUUCGCCCGCAUUAGCUUGAAUUUAGAUAAAAUCAAAGACGUAGGUCUUGGUGGAAGUGGCAUGGAUACAGACUUAAAUGAGGUUAUAAUUGUUGGCGCGGAAAAGCAGGUUAAAUCCUCCGGAAGCUUUCGGUCGGUGAAGUCUUCUCAGGCUCAUUCGUUGCCCAACACAUUGUGCACAGGCUCAAAUUUUAUGCGCAGUACUAGUGUCCCUAGCGAACAUCCAGAGCCUAAGAUGACUGGUGCUAAGCCAAAGCGUUUUUUGCAUACCUCGUCUGUGAUGACUAAAAGCUCGUCAUACAAGUCGCGGCGCUCUCACCCAUCGACUAGCUUUGACGAACGUUGCUACAGCUGCACUGAUUUCCGGGCAACGUCAUGCCAGCAGCAACUGUCAGGGUCGGGGACAAAGCAAGAUCAAGUGGCUUCUGCAACUGUUGGGGCCUUGACCACGACUUCUUCGUGCACGGAGCAAUUUGACCUAGGAACUAAAGAGGAGAGCUGCUUAGACUGUCUAGAAAAGGAGUUCUUGGCCGACACCAUCGGCAAAGCCCUAGACCCGGGCACAUGUCCUAAGUGUCGUAGAUCAGCUGGCAGUAGCAUUUCGAUUUACUCGCGGUCGGACCAAGUGCGCUGUCAAAGCGGGUCCCCAGUAUAUUUUGAUGGGGGUCCGUUCGCCGGCUGGAUCAGCUUAUUAACAACCGGAAUUGUUUCUGGUUCCAAUUUGGGUCCACCCUGCAACCAAAGAUUUCUUUCGUGUGAUAAUAGUUUCAACGGUCUACAGCUCCCCAAUCCAGGCUAUCUGACUGAGCCACUGGUGGCAAGUCUGUCUACAGGAAAGACGUGCAACGAGGAGCAUCUAGUGCAAGCGCUAGAUAAACUACGCGUGCCCUAUGACAGGGAGCUACUUCAUGGCUAUUUCAAGCAAUUGGACAAGCGGCGACAGACAGUCAGCAGAGUCAAUCUUAAGCAGCUAUUGAUACAGGCCUCAAAGCAGCAGGGAAACCAUCCCAAGCUCAAACGGCUGAUCGAGAUGGCGACCCACCAACAGCUCAUUGUCCAAUUUAAAAGGAACGCCGGAGUCAAAACUGAAUUGGUGCCUAUAAAUGUGAGGGACAUACUUAAUGCGUGGUCACGUUGUCGAGAUCUUUCCCUCCUUCAGCAACUAGAUGGUCGCUUUCAUUGCGCAAACGUGAUAGGAAAGGUUGGUCACAUCGUUCGUCAGGCAACAGUAGCAGCAUCCACACCAGCACAAGCUGCGUCGUCAACCUCAUUUUGUAAACGCACCCUGCCUGAAUAUUUAAUGGUCCCUCAGUAUUACAUGAGUGGGGUGCUGACCCUAACCCGAAAAUGUUAGGACGUACUUGCACAACAACUUAAUUAUUUUCACACAAAACCGGAUACACAUCAUGCUCAGCCCAGUUUUAUUGUUUAAUUUUUUGAGAUAAGUCAUCUUCCAUAUUAAAUAAGGUGAUCGCAUGGCCGUGACCCACCGUUUAAGUCGGGUUACCACCAGUCUCUCCACUCUAAAAAAAAAUAAAUAAAGAAUCUCGAAGUGUGUGUUUAAAUCUAAAAUAUUUUAACCAUGUUUGCCAUAAUACAAAUUAACACAAACACAAAUAUAAUUGCCUUGCCUACCAACGCCUUACAUUAUAUGUCUACGGAUGUAAUAAAAAUG